AUAGGGAUGAGAAAAACUACCUGCAGAAAUGGACUUAGAAAGGUAGACCCUUAUGGGAAGAGAAACAGGAGCUGCUUUACCAACUUCUUACAGCCAAAAGCAGGCCAGGAUAAGGAGAAGGACCCAACUGGAGCAGGAGGGGUCUCCGGCUCCUCCAGCCGCUGGGAAAAGCCACAGGAAGAGGCCGUGGGGCAAAUUGCACUCCUAGCUCACGGCCACUGUCCUCCAGCCAUGUGACAGACGGCUCCAAGAUGGCCCGUUUCAUCAGCUGGGGUCGAAUUUAGCAGUUGGCCAGUUUCUCUCUUUCCCUCCCCAAAAGGACACACCAGCAGUGCCAGGUGACAGCAGCUUGCCACCCAGCUGCCCCCGGCAUGGCUGCUGUCACCUCGGUUUAUGACACGCUCCUUCCUCUCUCCCCGCACCUCCCGUCCCAAUCCAGCUGACCAAAUGCCCGGCGGGGGCGUUGGGAGCUGACCCGGGAACGCUGCUUCCCACCCGGCCCCGCCGUUUGCUCCCCGGGGACCAAACGGGCGCGGGGGGAAGGGGAGGGGCCCCCCAGCACCGUUUCUGGUUGAUGCAGUGUUUUCGGAUACCUUUUUGCCCAUUUUUGCACCUCCCCGCAGUGUCCACAGCUCCUAGUGCUCCUGCACCAGGAGUGACCCGCUGUCCAGCCGAGGAUCACAGUCCUGGUGUGUCCUCGGCUGGGCAGUGGGUCUGACCCCAGAUAAAGCCCCAGGCAACUGAGUCGCUCCAGGGCUGGUGGGACACAGGGGCGGCUGCAUCUUCCCUCCCCACAUCAAUCUCACCCCUAGGUCCCUGAAACCCAGUGCAGCCCCAAAUGGGAGCCCCCAGAGCGGCAAGACCCCACGGGUUGAACCUCCUAUCCUGUUCCAUGACCUGUCCUGGUUGACGUAUGAGGACACAAACCUGUAGCAAACCCAUGUCACCCCCAAAUCGGGGGUAACUGCAGCCCCUCGGAAGCCCCCAUCAGCGGGGUCCUGAGGGGUGUUUGGGGAUGGGCACAGCCCAGAUCCAGCGCAGCACUGCAGGGAGCAGCGGGGCCGGCUGCUCCUGCCUGGUACGGCACGGCCCCACACGGGCUGGCCGAUCGUGCCCAGUGCCGAGGCCACCACCGAGCUGGGCUGUGCUGACCCGGGCUGUACCAAGCCGAGCCGGGCUGUGCUGAGCCGGGAUGUACUGAGUUGAGCUAUCCCUCACCAGGCUGUCCCGGGCUGUCCUGUUCCAUGUUGUCCCUGUUCCAUGCUGUCCCGGGCUGUCCUGGGCUAUCCCGUUCCAUGCUGUCCCCGUUCUGUCCCGGGCUGUCCCGUUCCAUGCUGUCCUGGGCUAUCCUGUUCCGUGCUGUCCCGGGCUGUCCCGUUCCAUGCUGUCCCGGACUGUCCCAGGCUGUCCUGUGCUGUCCCGGGCUAUCCUGGGCUGUCCCAUUCCAUGCUGUCCCUGGCUAUCCUGUUCCGUGCUGUCCCGGACUGUCCCGUUCCAUGCUGUUCCGUUCCAUGCUGUCCCGGGCUGUCCCAUUCCAUGCUGUCCCGUUCCAUGUUGUCCCGUUCCAUGCUGUCCCAGGCUGUCCCGUUCCAUGCUGUCCCGUUCCAUGCUGUCCCGUUCCAUGCUGUCCCGGGCUGUCCCGUUCCAUGCUGUCCCGGGCUGUCCCGUUCCAUGCUGUCCCGUUCCAUGCUGUCCCGUUCCAUGCUGUCCCGUUCCAUGCUGUCCCGUUCCAUGCUGUCCCGGGCUGUCCCGGGCCCGCAGCGCCCCCCUCCGCCCCCUUCCGCCCUCGCAGCUCUCGGGCCCCUCCCGCUCACCCUCCAGAGAGGUGGGCGUGUCCAUUCCCGAGUCCCCGCCCCCACGCCCCCGGGGCCAAUGGGCUGUGGGCACCCGGCCCCGCCCCCGCGGCCGUGCCAUUGUUAUGCAAAUAAAAGGGCGGUAAAAGGCGCGCGCGGGGCCGGGCGGCUCCAGAGGGCGCGAGCGGGGCCAGCGCGGCCGAGAGCGCGGAGCGGCGGGGCCGGCAGAGCCCAGCGGGGCCGGCAGAGCCCAGCGGGGCCGGGAGCGCCCACCGGGGCCGGGAGCGCCCACCGGGGCCGGCAGAGCCCACCGGGGCCGGCAGAGCCCACCGGGGCCGGCAGAGCCCACCGGGGCCGGCAGAGCCCACCGGGGCCGGCAGAGCCCAGCGGGACCCGCGGCACCCCCACCCCGGCGGCACCGCAGCACCGCCCGCCCGCCACCGCAUGCCAGGGCGGGCGCCGCCGUCGCCGUCCAUGCGGGGCGGCGGGGCCGAGGCGGCGGCAUGAGCCAGAGCGAGGUGUCGCCAUGAGCCAGAGCGAGGUGUCGCCGUGCGCGGCGCCGCCGCCGCCCCCCAGCCAGCGGGUGUUCCAGGAGGCGGUGCGGCGCGGCAACACCAAGGAGCUGCAGUCGCUGCUGCAGAACAUGACGAACUGCGAGUUCAACGUCAACUCCUUCGGGCCCGAGGGGCAGACGGCGCUGCACCAGUCCGUCAUCGACGGCAACCUCGAGCUCGUCAAGCUCCUGGUCAAGUUCGGCGCUGAUAUCCGCCUGGCCAACCGCGACGGCUGGAGCGCUCUGCACAUCGCCGCCUUCGGGGGCCACCAGGACAUCGUCCUCUACCUGAUCACCAAGGCCAAAUACUCCGCCGGCGCACGGUGAUGCUGGGGCUGCUCCCCCGGUGAUGCCGGGGCUGCUCCUCUUCCGCUCCCUCGGUGAUGCCGGGACCGCCCCGCCGGUGAUGCCGGGUCCCCCCGACCCCGCGCUCCCCCGGCGAUGCCGGGGUACCUCCCCACUCCCCCGGCCGCCAGAGCUGCUCCCGCCCCCGCCCUGGGGGAAUUUGGCGAAGAUUUGGGGUCCCACGCAGAACACGCCACAGCUUUUACAUUUUUAAGGUUUUUUUGUUGUUUUGUUUUGUUUUUCCUUCCAAGGGUUGUUUCCUACUGUAACAUGUUUUUUUUCCUCCAUCUACCUCGGCUGCACUCACAGUAUUCACGGUUUCAGUUUGACAUCUGGGCAGAUGCUUUAACUCCCCCACGUCCCUUCCCGCUAAUAUUUAAUCCCCCUCCCCUCUCCCCUCGCUCCCGACCCUCCCGUUUAAAGUAUUCUGGCUCAGAAACGAUUUCAUUUCAACGCUACCCAAAAGCCUCCCCGCCGUCCCCCUCUGGUGCUGGGGUCCCCUCUCCCGUGCCGGCCGCGGCUCCGGGCAUAAAGCCCCGUCGAUGGGCUGGGGGCUCCCGGUCGCCCGCGGCCCUUCCCGGCGAGGAAGAGCGGGGAAGUCCUCCUCCUCUCCGAGGUUCACCCAGUGUUUUCCCACCGCUGAUUUUUUUUUUUUUUUUUUUGUCGAGGCGACUCCGUUGGAAUAUGACAGACGUGGUUUUCUCACCCCGAUUGCUCAUCGUUUUGGUUGAUUUUGCAUUGGGUUUUCUGCCUUGGUUCUUCCUUGGGUGUCCGAAGAAAGUCUGUGUCCUCACCCUCUCCAUGAAUCCGUUUAGCACACGUGAGAUCCCAGGAAAAGACAUUGAGUCCUUCUGGUUUUGUGUAUAAAGGGGGAUUAGCAAAUCCUGGACUUUUUUUUUUUUUUCCCCUUAAAAAAAAAAAAAAAAAAAAAAAAAAAAAAAAAACUCUAGAGGCAGAGGAUUUGCUUUUGCACAGAAAAGGGGCGUGAGCGCUCUCUGCUGCCUACAGAGAUGCUGGAAAACUACUGAAAAGAGUUUGGGAACUUUUUUUUUCUUGUGGUGAAACUUGGAUAACACUUCUCAAUGCAGAACGAUUCACUUGACGUAUGUACACUCACCUGCCUUUUAUAGGAGAUGUAUAUCCCGCAGUAUAUAUCUUUAUAAAGGAAAGGGAGGACGCAGAGUGAGCCACCCGAAGGCGCAUUUUGAAGUGACUGCACGUAUAAUCGCAAAUGCUGCUUUUUUAUUGCUAUGGCACAAGAACAUCCAUUUGGAAAAUGCGGAAAAUUUCAGAAGUCUCUUUGCUCCCGCUGGUCUUUCAGCCCUCUCCUCGCCUGCACUAAAGCCAUCCGUAUCACUGCCGUCUCCCCGCUCUCUCACACCCUGCAUCCAAACCAUUCCCAUUAAAAAAGAGAAAAGAAAAGAGUUACCUGCUGGUUUAUUUGGGUUGUGUUUUACCUAUUUAUCAUGUCUGUAUAUAUUUGUGGGUGAAGAUUGUGAGCCUGGUUUUGUUUGAAGCUGGUGGUGAGUGUUGCAAAAAUAUGGUUUGGGAAAUAUGCUUUUUUUGUUGUUGUUUUUUGUUUUCCUAGUCUUAAAACUAAAAAAAAAAAAAACCAACCUAGAGUCUGCCAUGAUUAUUUCCCAUUGCACUGAAUAUUCUGCUUUGUCUCUGAUGGUUUCACCUGCAGUUGGGGUUUUUUGUUUGAGGGUUUUUUGGUGUUUUUCUCCACUUUAACAACUUGAGAUUAUUUCAAAAGCUCCAAAUUUAAAGAAGAAAAAGAGGAAAAAAAGCCCUGUCAAAAGCAUCUACUGUUAAUGCUGUAAUUUGCAAGGAACUGCUUGGCCGAAGUCUUUCUGUGAGCAUGGAAGGGGUGUCCAGCACUUCCACUGGUGCUUCUGUGCGAUAGUUAUGGGGUGGGAACAAGACCUUUUCUAGUGAGGUUUUGUCGUCGUUACCAGAUGGUUGCACAUUUUUUUUUUUUUUUACGUAAAUGGAUUUGCCACAAUGACAUGUCAUAACAUUUAUGACAUGAUAUUAAAAAGUGUAUUGUAAAGCCAAGUUCUAGAUGGAUUUUUAAAAAGAAGUCUUGGUUAUAAACCCAGUCUAAAGGGAGCUCUGUCCAGUGUUGUAAAGACAACAUGAUGUAACCCAUAUUUAUAUUUUUAUAAAAUACCUAUUAAGACUGUGAAUCUCCUGUGUGAAUUGCUGGGUGAGUUGUUUAAGAAAAGUAUUGUUCCUUUCCAGCCUCCUGGAGCUUUAGACACGCUGAGAUUUUUGGGAAACUGUACGUCGGGGAAGGGGGUUUGCUCUGAAAUUGUGAGUUGAUGUAUUUUUACAUCCCUUUGUAUUUUACUGAAAAGCUGCUGCCCUUCCUAGUCCCUAGAGUUUCAAUUUUCUAUGCAACCCCCACACCCCUGGUCUCUCUUGAUCCUGAGAAGUAAAAGGGAUGCAGAUUGAUUCAAAUUGAAAUGAGGGUCCCCCCACCCCCCUUGUUGGCUCAUCGUGCUGCUGACCCUUCAUGCCAAAACGGGGAGUACAAUAAAAAAAAAAAAGAGGCAGGUGGGGGAGGCUCUUUCGUGCAUGACUGGUUGCCUUCCAGCAGUCAUCUUUUUAAUUAUUAUUAUUAUUUUUGUAAGAAGAAUAUAUUGAUAAUGUCAGUGAAAUAAGCAGACAUUGAAGCUGAUGCACAGAUUGCUCCAGAAAGGAGUUUUUCUGUAGAUUUUUCUUUAGAUGCAAAUACCUUUUUUAAUUAUGUUAAUUAAUGUUAAGAAUUCUUAGGCUUAUAUUGAAGCUGUAUGUGGGUCACUAUAUGAUCAUUUCUAACUGGAUAAAGUCUGUACAGUACAGCAUAUUCCUGAGUGUAUGAUAUAGACGUGUAGCCCCAGAGUGCGAAAUUUAUAAAUAAAUUUUUCAUUGAUCUUUUUAUA